CGGCGGAGAAUCCAUACACUUGCGCGUUCUUGCGAGGAGAGUACAAUUCGGAAACGCAGCCAUCCACGACAUCUAAAUCCGCCCCCGACUCUGUCUCUAGUGAGAAGCGAAAGCUCCUUUUGGUCUGUACUAGUAUGUGCAGCUUCAUGGGCAAUGAAACGAACUUCCACAGUUUUCCCGCCUACCUGCGCAUCUUGAUAUCCGUCACUUUGGAGGACUUAGGCUCGAGCACUCACACAGGUAUAUCUAAUGUUCCAGACUAGGCACAACAUUUCGGUCGCGACGGGGGGGUUUUCGAAAUGACCCUCCAAACUAAUUGAAAUAGUGGCUGGCUGCCUUGCCGAUCCCGAUGGCCUGAAACUCGCUACAGUGCCAUCCGGAAACUCGAAACUGGCAUGCAAACCGAAGACAGUAAGACAACCCGCGCGUAUUUCAUGCACCGGUACACUACGCAUCCUCCACCAGGGCUCCAAGGAUCCGCCGAAAUACGCAGCCGCAGCCGCCCACCUAGAGCGCUCGUUUGACCUUGCGGGCGCGGGAGUGGGAGGAUUGGGUGGUAGUGAAUUGCAAGAAACGAUGCAGGAAAUGCGCCUGGGCUCGACCCGUCUGCCCCUAGAGCGUACUCCAGGAACCUUAGCACAAGGAAUAUCUCCUCGGAUACCGGUAGGGAAAUGACACAAGUGGACCCCGACCCGAUAUCCGGUAGCGGGGAGUCCACGGAAGCACGGGAAAAACCAAGGGGACCCACCCCUGUGCGCAAUAAAAACUACAGUAGUGGGGCCUGAGCCCAUGAUGCCCGGCCCUCCUCCUUCUAUACCUACUUAUUCCUCUUCCGCGCCGCCGCCUCCGGUAAUCCCUCCGUCACCACCGGAGCCCGCGGAAUUUGACUGCCACAAAUCCCGGACGUGGCCGUUCAUAAAGCGGCUGAGAAAGCCCUAUCAAGGUAAUGGAACUGGGGGAGAAGAGUGUGAAAGAUUACGAAAAAGUAGCCCAAGACUGGGGGAAAGCAUUUGGAGAGAACGAGCGGAAGAAACGCGAGAAGGGAAGGAAGGAAGAGAAAAAGCCGGUCAUUCAGCAGAGAGACUACGGCUAGAGAAGGAAAGAAUGGAACGGCAAGAGCGACUAUUGAAAGGUAUUCUGGAACUACCUGUUUGCAAUGCAGCUAGGCAGAGCACUACCUCCCUGAAGGGUUCUAUACCAUCCCUCUCCCCCUCUCCCCCUCUCGCCAGCUCACCCUCCAACACCGAAGCCUAA